GCUGUGGGAUUGGUUACAUGACUGGCUCCUCCCCAGCCAGGACAGCUGAUCCUCUACAGCCGGACUCACCUGUGAAAGCUGCUCCAGCAACAACAGUCACUCUCACCAUCAGCGACCAGAAGAGACCAACUGAACAACUGAGCUCCAGUGGACACCAUGGCCUCUGCUCUCUCUGUGCGCUCGGUGCGGCAGCCAUCCUUCUCCAGCAUCUCUGUGAGGGGCAGUGGACGCAGCAUCCGCUCCAAACCCGCUGUCUCCAAUCUUUCCUCCAUCGGCAGUCUGUCACGCUCCCUCUCUCUGGGCAAUGGCCUCAACGUGCUGGGCUCCAGCCUUUCCAUCAAUGGCCUCAGUGUCAGCAUCAGCGAGAAGGAGACCAUGCAGGGCCUGAACGACAGGCUGGCCAACUACCUGGACAAGGUGCGGUCGCUGGAAAAAUCCAAUGCUGAGCUGGAGGUGAAGAUCAAGCAGCUUAUGUUGGAGAGAGCUCCAAAAGGGCACGACAUUGAGGGGAUGAUGGCACAGGCCCAUGCCAUUGGACAGGAGGUGAGAAGGAAGACACUGGAGAAUGCCCGAAUAAUGCUGGAGAUUGAUAAUGCCAAGCUGGCGGCUGAUGACUUCAGGGUCAAAUGGGAGGCAGAGGCCACCUUGUGCCAGUCAGUAGAGAGGGACUGUCAGGCUCUGAGGAGAGCAAAGUCAGAUCACGACCAGAUCAUCGCCACUCUCCGAGGAGACCUGGACAGCCUGAAGGAGGAGCUCUACUUCCUCAAGAAGAACCACCAGGAGGAAAUGAACUCCCUGAAGGCCCGUCUGGACAAUGAGCAGGUGAACGUGGAGGUGGAGGCGGCUCAAAGUCCUGAUCUUGGGGCCAUCUUGGCUGAACUCAGAGUCCAAUAUGAGGGUAUUGUUCGCAAGAACAAGGAGGAGGCUGAGUCUUGGUACCUGAAGAAGUUAGAGGCAGUACAGUCAGAGGUCAAAGAAAGCAACGAGGCUUUGCGUUGUGCCCAAAGUGAGCUCGGUGAGAGGCGGCGUUUCCUUCAGGCUCUAGAAGUUGAGCUUGAGAGCGUUCGUAAACAGGUUAGCGUUUUAGAGGGAAAUCUCGGAGAAUCGGGACACAAGUACUCUGUGGAGAUGGACCGUCUUCAGGCCAUUCUGACACAGCUGGAGGAUGAGCUGUCUCAGAUGCGUUUGGACAUGCAGCGCAACAAGACUGACUACGAGCAAUUACUGCGCAUCAAGCAGAACCUGGAGAUGGAGAUCGCCACCUACAGGAGGCUGCUGGAAGGAGAGGACGUGGUGAAAGAAACUCCACUCCCUCCGCCUCUUAAAAAAGACCCUGAUGUGAGGACUAGGAAGAUUGUGAAAGUCGUCACUCAAACAGUGAUCAAUGGCAAAAUAGUCGAUGAGUCCAGCGAGGUGGAGGAGAUCGAGGAACCCAAAAAAUGAGCCAAGGUGCAUCAGUGUACAGAAGCAAUGUUUCAUAAAUCCAAAGCGUUAGCUGACUGUGGAUCAAAUUAUUGUUUUCUUUAUUGACUUUAUUUAAUCACAGCUAAUAUUAGCCCUGUGAGGGUCAAAUAAUGGCUCCAGCUCUGAACCAACACCUGUUUUUUUGAGAAAUAUAAAAAGGUAUUCUUUCCUAUAUAAUAGCCUUACAUAAAUUGUUUAUACACUUACUUAAAAUAACGUUUUUUCCCCACAAUUGCAAAGAAUUGAAAAAAAAAAAAAGAAGCAAAAAUGGCAUAUUGUUCUACCAUAGGGUUAGGGUUGUGGUGAUAAGCAGUGAUGAAUAAGACCUCACAAGAUCACUGUGAUUGUCAGUGUAUUGGAACAGGGCUGACCAGAUUCUUCUUCUUCAAUAUUAAAAUAAGUCUGACUAAAGAUUUGUAAUCGCUUCCACACUUGAGGGUUACAGUCAGUUUAGAAAAUGAUGCACUGUGAUGGUCUUUGUUGUGCUUUUCAGUUUUUAAUUCAAAUCCAUGAAGUUAGCACACACACUGCCCGCAAACAGUUUGUGUUGAUAUUUGUUGAGCUGUUAGAAAAGUUUCUUUUGAAAUUAUCUGCCACAACAUGUUAUUCCCUUUAUGCUGUCAUAGAUGACUUUGCUCAAACUGCAUUAAAAUGAAACGUCCAGGAAAAAAAUAAUCAUGUAUUUUUGUGGUUUCCAAUAUUUUAAAGGUUUAAUGUAUGUGAAAAGUGAAAAUGAAAGUAUUUCCCAAACUUUAAACCCUUUCUUUUGAUCAUUACUGGAGGCUAAAUGUGAUUAAAUAUUUGUCUUAACUGUGCCAAUAAUGUCAUUCAUAAAGUGACUGUACCAACUCUGUUAUCGUGUGAUAGUUCCACUGUGAAAAACUACUGAAAGUAUUGUUAUGUACUUUUAAUAUCCGAAUAAACAUAUUAACCAAAGCGGCUUUACAGUGCCAAUAAAACUCAGUGAUUAAAAUGUG